UCAUUUACGUUCGCACGUUUUCUUGUCCAGUAAAUCGGCACCGGUCUGGGAGUGAUACAGGGUGAAGCAUUGUUAUACUGAAGGCUGAUAACGAGGAAUCACCAACGUCAAAUAUGGCAAAUCCGAAGGUUUUCUUUGACAUCGCUAUGGACAGCAAACCUGCCGGCAGAAUUGUCAUGGAGCUGAGGGCUGAUGUUGUCCCAAAGACUGCAGAGAACUUCCGUGCCCUCUGUACUGGGGAGAAGGGCUUUGGCUACAAGGGGUCCUCCUUCCACCGUGUCAUCACUCAAUUCAUGUGUCAGGGUGGUGACUUCACUAACCAUAAUGGAACUGGAGGCAAAUCCAUUUAUGGAAACAAGUUUGCAGAUGAGAACUUCACUUUGAAGCAUACAGGGCCUGGCAUCCUGUCCAUGGCCAACGCUGGACCCAACACCAACGGCUCCCAGUUCUUCCUCUGCACGGUUAAGACCGCAUGGCUGGACGGCAAGCACGUUGUGUUUGGGCAAGUUGUCGAAGGGCUGGAUGUUGUGAAGCAAGUUGAAGCCUGUGGCAGUCAGUCAGGCAAGACCAGCAAGAAGAUCACCAUCGCAGAUUGUGGCCAGCUCUGAGUCCCAACUGCGUACUGAUGCCCUGCCCCACCGCCACAAAACAAUUAUCCUCAUUAUUCCUCAUCUUUUCCUAGUAUGAGUAUUCUGCAUUUGGCUGGCUUCAAGACUUGUAAAUGCAUCAUUGUUUAUAAUGAAUUGUUUUAUUUGAUUUGACCCCCCCCCCCCCCCCCCCCACCUGGAGAAAAUAUUGGGCACCCUGUGCAUUAACUCUGCAACAAUCUUUUGAAUAAACAAAAUGAUUCCAAUCUUUGAA